UCUAACUGUGAUGUCUGUGGUAAAUCAUUCUCUUGUAAUAGAUACUUGAUUAAUCACAAUUGUAUUCAUACAGGAGAGAAGACAUAUCACUGUAUUAUGUGUGGCAAAUCAUUCUCUCAAAUAAAUGCCUUGACUAGACACAAACAGACACAUAUAAGAGAAAAGCCAUAAUUUUGAAAUACCUUAUACAUACAUAUAUACAUACAUACAGAUCUCUUCGUACAUAUAUACAUAUGCACACACACACACGAACAAAUAUACAAGUAUAAGUAUAUAUGAACACAUGUAAAACAGAUACAUCCGCUUAAUGUCAAAGUAGCUAGAACUUUAUUCUUUCUUUCAUAACAUUGGUGAAAAUUUGAUAAAAAUGUUAAAUGUUUGGAAGAAUUUUAGACGGAGGUAAUCGGACCGAGAAAAUAAUUGGAGCGAAUCCAGCCUGUGAGUAAGAGCCAUCUUGGGGAGAAUCGGGGAAAUAGAUUGGUUUAAAGGGGAAUAACUUAUACAGCAGGGGAAAAUUUUAAAACGAAUGGUGAUUUAAUAUCGGGCACUGCACUCCGUCGCUUACGACGUCGAGGUAUCCAGUUGAUCCGAUCAACGGAACAACCUGCUCGUGAAAUUAACGUGUAAGUGGCUGAGCACUCCACAGACACGUGUACCCUUAACGUAGUUUUUCGGGGAUAUUCAGCGUGACACAGUGUGACAAGGCUGACCCUUUGAAUUACAGGCACAACAGAAACAGGAAGUAAGAGUGAGAGAAAGUUGUGGUGGAAGAGUACAGCAGGGUUCGCCACCAUCCCCUGCCGGAGCCUCGUGGGUCACUGGUGCAUAAGAAUACGAAUAUCACAUCCUGUUGACAUCAGAGAAAUUUCUUCAUUCAGAUGUGCCUUUGAUAUUUUUAUAAAAUUCCAUCAACAAAAGGAGGAAGAUAUAUUUAUAAGGAGCAUUCAUCAAUACAUCAACCACUUUAUAUAAAUAAUAUACAUGACAAACAACAGCGAAUUAUUUUUCUCGUCUUCACUGUCUGGAAUUUAGAGGAGGUGAUUGCUUUACAAGCUUGGAUAACUUUACGAAGGAGUUCACAGUUUUCACCUGCUAAUUUAGAUGAGAGAAUCAUAGUAUUAAAUUAUUCCCUGAAAAUAGUAACUCAACUGAACACAAACAUAUUCAUAGAAAUGAAUAAAAUAUCUUUGUGAUAUGAAAGACAAAUUAUUCUCUCAUAAUGGAUACUUUAACUGAGCCAAAAAACCUUGAUACAGAAGAGGAACCAUAUUCCUGUGAUAUCUGUGGUAAAUCAUUCUCUGGAAAAAGUUACUUGACUAUUCACAAACGUACACAUACAGGAGAGAAGCCAUAUCAUUGUGAUAUCUGUGGUAAAUCAUUCUCUUGUAGUAGUCACUUGUGUAGACAUAAACGCAUUCAUACUGGGGAAAAAACAUAUCACUGUGAUUUCUGUGGUAAAUCGUUUUCUGAAAAUAGUACUUUAACUAGACACAAAAGUAUUCAUACAGGUGAGAAGCCAUAUCCUUGUAAUAUCUGUGGUCAGUUAUUCUCUCAAAGUAAUUACUUGACUAUUCACAGACGUAUUCAUACUGGAGAAAAACCAUAUCACUGUAAUAUCUGUGGUAAAUCAUUUUCUCAAAAUAACACUGUAACUAGUCACAAACGGACACAUACAGGAGAAAAGCCAUAUCAUUGUGAUGUCUGUGGUAAAUCAUUCAUGGAAAACGGUCACUUGACUAAACAUAAACUGAUUCACACAAGACAGAAACCAUAUCAGUGUGAUAUCUGUGGUAAAUCAUUUUCUCAAAAUGGUCACUUGACUGGCCACAGACGUAUUCAUACUGGAGAAAAACCAUAUCACUGUGAUGUAUGUGACAAAUCAUUUUCUGAGAACAGCGCUUUAACUAAACACAAAAGUAUUCAUGCAGGUGAGAAGCCCUAUCAUUGCAAUACCUGUGGUAGAUCAUUCUCUUGUAAUAGUCAAUUAACUAGUCACAGACGCAUUCAUACUGGGGAAAAGCCAUAUCAUUGUGAUAUCUGUGGUGAAUCAUUUUCUGAAAAUAGCACUUUAACUAGACACAAACGUAUUCAUACUGGAGAGAAGCCAUAUCAUUGUGAUAUCUGUGGUAAAUCAUUCUCCCGAAGUAGUUACUUGACUAGUCACAGACGUACUCAUACUGGAGAAAAACCAUAUCACUGUGAUAUCUGUGGUAAAUCGUUUUCUCAAAAUAACACUGUAACUAGUCACAAACGGACACAUACAGGAGAAAAGCCAUAUCAUUGUGAUGUCUGUGGUAAAUCAUUCAUGGAAAAUGGUCACUUGACUAAACACAAACUUACACAUACAAGAGAGAAGCUAUAUCAUUGUGAUAUCUGUGGUAAAUCAUUUUCUCAAAAUGGUCACUUGACUGGCCACAGACGUAUUCAUACUGGAGAAAAACCAUAUCACUGUGAUAUAUGUGACAAAUCAUUUUCUGAGAACAGUGCCUUAACUAAACACAAAUGUAUUCAUGCAGGUGAGAAGCCAUAUCAUUGUAAUAUCUGUGGCAAUUCAUUCUCCACAAAUAGUCAGUUGAAAAGUCACAGACUUAUUCAUACUGGUGAAAAACCAUAUUACUGUGAUGUCUGUGACAAAUCAUUUUCUAAAAAUAGUACUUUCACUAAACACAAAAGUAUUCAUACAGGUGAGAAGCCCUAUCAUUGCAAUACCUGUGGUAAAUCAUUCUCUUGUAAUAGUCAAUUAACUAGUCACAGACGUGUUCAUACUGGAGAAAAACCAUAUCACUGUGAUAUUUGUGGUAAAUCAUUUUCUUACAAUAAUUGUUUAACUAGUCACAAACGUAUUCAUACAGGAGAGAAGCCAUAUCAUUGUGAUAUCUGUGGUAAAUUAUUCUCUGAAAGUAGUUACUUGACUAUUCACAGACGUGUUCACACUGGGGAAAGACCAUAUCACUGUGAUAUUUGUGGUAAAUCAUUUUCUUACAAUAACAAUUUAACUAGUCACGAGCGUAUUCAUACUGGAGAGAAGCCAUAUUCCUGUGAUAUCUGUGGUAAAUCAUUCUUUCAAAAAGGCCAGUUAAGUACACAUGUGAGUACUCACACACUCAACAGCACACAUUUACAGAAUAUAUUCUUAAAAAUGGAAAAAAACACUAUCAUUUCGAUAUGUAUAACAAAUAAUUCUCUCAUAAUGAAUGAAUUAACUACAGGAAAAAAUACUGACACAGGAGAGCAACCAUAUCACUGUGAUAUCUGUGGUAAAUCAUUCUCAGAAAGAGGUGUCUUAACUAAACACCAGCGUAUUCAUACAGGAGAGAAGCCAUAUCACUGUAUUAUCUGUGGUAAAUCAUUCUCUCAAAAUGGGGGCUUAACUAGACACAAACUUAUACAUACAAGAGUGAAGGCAUAUCAUUGUGAUAUCUGUGAUGUGUCAUUUUCUCGAAGUGGUCACUUAACUCGACACAGACGUACACAUACAGGAGAGAAGCCAUAUCGUUGUGAUAUCUGUGGUAAAUCAUUCUCUGGUAGUGGUACCUUGACUAGUCACAUACGUACACAUACAGGAGAGAAGCCAUAUCAUUGUGAUAUCUGUGGUAAAUCAUUCUCUGAUAGUGGUACCUUGACUAGUCACAUACGUACACAUACAGGAGAGAAGCCAUAUCAUUGUAAUAUCUGUGGUAAAUCAUUCUCUGAAAGUAAUCAUUUGACUCGUCACAAACGUACACAUACAGGAGAGAAGCCAUAUCAUUGUAAUAUCUGUGGUAAAUCAUUCUCUGAAAGUAAACUUUUGACUCGUCAUAAACGUACACAUACAGGAGAGAAGCCAUAUCAUUGUAAUAUCUGUGGUAAAUCAUUCUCUGAUAGUGGUACCUUGACUAGUCACAUACGUACACAUACAGGAGAGAAGCCAUAUCUUUGCGAUACCUGUGGAAAAUCAUUCUGUGAUAGUGGUACCUUGACUAAACACAAACGUACACAUACAGGAGAGAAGCCAUAUCAUUGUAAUAUCUGUGGUAAAUCUUUCUCUUAUAGUAGUCAUUUGACUAGACACAAACGUACACAUACUGCAGAAAGACCAUAUCAUUGUGAUAUCUGUGGUAAAUCAUUCUCUGAAAAGAGUGUCGUGACUAAACACAAACGUAUUCAUACAGGAGAGAAACCAUAUCAGUGUGAUAUCUGUGGUAAAUCAUUCUCUCGAAAAAGCUACUUGAGUAUACAUGUGAGUGUUCACUCACAAGUGUGACUACCUUGUCUGCAAAAGGCAGUUUUUUUUUUUUUCCUCUUCAAAUUUGACAUUAUCAACUUCAAUUUCCUCAAUGUCAACAUCAACUUCAUCAAUAUCAUCCUGAAUGUCGUAUAUCUAUGGAAAUAUAUCAACACAGCGAUGACUUUGAUUUCCGAAGAGAACUCUGCUAGAUUUUUGAGGAAUUUAUUAUGAAAUGAUUAAGAAAUGGGAAUAAAGAACGAAAGAUUAAAUUGA